CUACACCAAUUUGUGAUGAUGAAAAUGAAGAACAAGAACAUGGGCUAAACGAAGAUAUCAUUCAAAGCGAAACACAAAAGUGGAGUCAAUUAAUUGAUGAAUGGAUAGAAUUUGGAAAUCAGGAAAAUCGAUUUGGAGAUGAAAAUGACGAAAGCUUUUUAUCAUCAGAGUGGAAUAGUGAUUUUAAUUUUGCAGGUCGAAGUGUGCAUCCUGCUGAUGAUGAAAUUGCUAAAUGGAGUUUAACCACUUUAUUUGAAUCUUCUCUAGAAUCUCCUUUAUUUUUAG